AUGUCGAACUUCAAGUUCAGCUUGAACGGCAUCACGAGUUUUGUGCAGCAGCGCAUCGGCAAUAAUUAUUCGUCGGUGAGCACACUUGACUCUCAUGAUCGAAUUCGUGAAAGAAUGCGCGAGAAGCCGAAUCGAAACAAAAAAUCGAAUCAUACCGAUACCAUCAACACAUUAUGUCUCAUUCGCUCGGGAAUGGUGCUCUCUGGCAGUCGGGAUAGUAAGAUCGCGCUCACCAAUGUCGAUAAUGGCGAUCUUGCACUGUUUUGGGACACACACGGCGCCGAGGUCACCAAACUCGCGUAUCGGAAUUCGGUGGCGAAGCAUUCCGUGUUUAGCGGCUCGCGUGAUAGCACAAUUACCAUGUACCAUUUGAACAACCCGACACCGUUGCGGGUUUACAAUGAUCAUCGGCUGACGAUCACCGGAGUCGCGAACAUUGAUGAUGAAUCAUUCAUCUCGGGUAGUCGAGACACGUCGAUCAAAAUUUGGGACGUCGAGACGGGCAAAGUUCGAAUGCAGAAGGAGAUGAAUCGCAAUCUCGUCACCCAUCUUGCCUAUAAUCCGAAUCUGAGCAUCAUUGCUCAAUCGUCCGAAGAUAAAACCGUCAAGCUAUUCGAUCCGAGGAGUUUGGCAGUGAUUCAUGAGUAUCCCAGGAAGCAACACAUCCAAAUGCAUUGCGAUUUUAUGGAGAACACCCACGUGCUCGUCUCAUGCAGCAACGGAUUCAACAACGAUGGCGGCGAGGUUACGCUUUACGAUCUUCGAUAUGCGAAGCCAAUCAAGGAGCUUCGCGGGCAUGAAGGCUCGGUGACCUGCGUAACCACAGUACCAAUUGGUGAUAAUAAGAAAAUCAUCGUGAGCACUGGCGCUGACAAAACCAUAAGGGUGUGGAGAUUUGAGGAUAUGAGUCUCUCGUGGACCGAAGAGUCGCCGUUUGAGAUGGACAUGAUGCAAUGCUGCGCGUACGCGGAGGGACAUGUGAUUGUCUCCGGCGGCCACGGACGCCUCGCUCACUACCAGGCCCGAAUGCACGGCAGCCGAGUUGCGCUCGAGCUUCUCUGGGUUCAGUCGAGCCAGAUCUCGGAAUCGAUCAGCAAUCAGACAUUUUGA